CGAAAUCUUCCAAAUCUACGGCAGUUGUAAAAUAAACUGCUGCGGUUCUGCUCAGAAGGUAUAUACCUACAUCUCUUGAAAGGCGCGCCCGUAAUCUUAGGAUGUCGUCCAUGAUUACGACAACCACCUGGGUGCCCAGGGGGUUUGCCGCACCCUUCCCGACAAAGUACAAUUUCGACGAGGAAGAAUUCGAGCGCAUCGCGGCUUUGGCGAAGCUUCAACUUGACGAUGCCAAAGAAGAUCUAGAGGAGGCGCAAGAGGAAAAAGCAGAGACCGGGACAAAGGAUGCUUCAAAAAAGGAUGAGCCCUCUGCCGCCGAAAAAGCUGACGAUGCCUCAGACAUCGAGAUCGACGACGACCUAAAGGAAUACGAUCUUGAACAUUAUGACGAUGACGAUGGGGACCAGGGCGAGGGCCAAACCAUGGGCAUGUUUGGGAACGUCAAGUCACUGGCUUACUAUGAGUCUAACGAGGACGACCCCUACAUCACGCUCAAAGAUGAUCCUGAAGACGAUGAAGAGGAGCGGGAGGAAUUGCAAAUUCUCGCGACCGAUAACUUACUAUUAGCCGCCAAGGUUGAGGAUGAGCUCGCGCAUCUGGAGAUUUAUGUGUACGAGGAUGAGGCCGACAAUCUCUACGUCCACCACGACAUUAUGCUUCCCGCGAUACCCCUAUGCGUUGAGUGGUUGGAUAUCCCCGUCGCAAAGCCGGAUGUUCCAAAAGAUUCGACUGCAAACUUCGUCGCAAUCGGCACCUUCGACCCGGAUAUUGAAAUCUGGGACCUUGACACCGUGGACUGCAUGUAUCCAAAUGCUAUUCUUGGCCAAGGGGGGAACGCCGAGGAGGACAAGAAGAAAAAGAAGAAGAAGAAGAAGUCGAAGAAGGCAAACGACGAAUACCACGUCGACGCCGUGUUGGCCCUCGCUGCCAACAGGAAACACCGCAAUUUGUUGGCAUCAGCAUCGGCAGACAAGACGGUUAAGCUAUGGGAUCUCCACACGGCCAAGUGCGCGAAGUCGUACAGUUAUCACACCGACAAGGUCUGCUCACUGGCCUGGCAUUCAGUCGAGUCAACGGUGCUGCUCAGCGGCAGCUAUGACCGCACAGCUGCCAUCGCCGACAUGCGCGCCCCCGGUGAGCAGCCUAUGAGGGUGGGCGUGGAGAGCGAUAUCGAGAACGUGAGGUGGGACCCUCAUGACCCCAAUCUUUUCUACGUCUCGACCGAGCGCGGCAUUAUCCACCACUUUGACGUCCGAAACGUGUCCAAAGAUCCCUCGGCGGGCAAGUCAGUCUGGAAGCUGCAGGCGCACGAUGAGUCGGUAUCUUCGUUCGAUCUCAACCCAGUGGUCCCAGGCUUCAUGGCAACCGGGUCAACGGACAGGACCGUCAAGCUGUGGAAUAUCAGCUCAGAAGGGCCCUCACUUGUGGUCUCACGCGACUUUGACGUUGGCAAGGUGUUUUCUACCACCUUUGCCCCUGAUCCCGAAGUUGCCUUUAGACUUGCAGUUGCCGGGAGCAAGGGGACUGUGUCUAUAUGGGAUACGAGCACAAAUCCCGGCGUCCGGAAAGCUUUUGCUCAAAAAAUUCCCAACAAGCCUGUUGGAGAGGGCGAGGUGGAGGAUCGUUUGGUUGGCGUGGACGACGACGAGAGCAGCAGCAGCAGUGAGGAAGAGGAAGAGGAGGGCGAGGAAGGCGAGAAUGGAGUCGGAUCAGGCGGGGAUUCCAUGGAUGAAGAUGAGGACUAAUGGCCUGUCCAAGCCCUAUCAAUCGCAUGAAACCGUGUAACUGAAAAGCCAUUCUGAUCGUAACCGGCCACGAUGAUUUUGAUCGCUCUCUCGCGCAGCCCCGGUGUCUGAGAUGGGGCCGACUCGAAUGCAAGGCCUCGGGAAGCACCUUUUGCAUGGUAUGGCAUAGCGCUUCCUCUUCUGUGCAUGUACGUCCUCCUUCAUGAAAAUGUUUGUGUAUGGCUCGAAUAUGGCGGUAGAGUUCCAAACCAAGUCUUGAUCAAGCUUCUUGCUCGGUCGAUACGAACAUCAACAAGGUUUGAAUGCCACACGAGCCACAAAGCACCCAACCUCCU